UCAACAUUUGUGAGGAUUUAAAGCCGAACCUGGCCGAACUCAAGCCUCUGCGUGUCUGCACCAGAUUGGCCAGGAGAACUUGCCUCAAAAUUUAAGGGCCAGAAAAUAUGAGGGCCACGGUUGCUUUUCUAGUUUUGCUCGUAGGCAUAUUGGCCUGUUUGGCGGCCGCGGAGACUAAAAGGAAGUUGCAGAUCGGCGUUAAAAAGCGUGUAGAGGGCUGCACAGUUAAAAGCCGCAAGGGAGACUUCUUGCACAUGCAUUACACGGGCAAACUGGAGGAUGGCACUGAAUUUGACUCCAGCAUUCCAAGAAACCAGCCUUUCACAUUCACUCUUGGCUCCGGUCAAGUCAUAAAGGGUUGGGACCAAGGACUUUUGGGGAUGUGCGAGGGAGAAAAGAGAAAACUGGUCAUUCCAUCAGAUUUGGGUUAUGGAGAUAGAGGAUCGCCACCAAAAAUUCCUCCUGGAGCUACUCUGAUUUUUGAUGUGGAACUCUUGAAAUUGGAGCGUAAAGACGAGUUGUGAAUUUUGAAAAUAAACUUAAAAAAAUUAUCA